ACGAGCUUGUUGAGCAACCCUGCUUGCUGCUACCAUCCGCGUCUGCCCUGCUGUCACGCUCUGCAUCUCUGGAUCUCUCACCAUCUCUCGAGUCUGGCUCGUACGACGUACUGUUAGAUCGAUUUCCCAUCAAUCAAUUGAACGUGGGGAACCCCCCUUUGCCAGCACUUGCAACAAACCCCCUUUUCUUGGAUACUCGCGACCAUUGUCCCCUGUCGGCCUCCUCUGAACUGUCGCACACGCGUCUUCCGGGAAAGAUCGAAUACCUACCGAAUACCGGGCUCGCUCGGCGAUCAAUACUGUACAUCAAUAUGCCUGGCCGAAUCGACAAUGGCACGAAAAGCUCGCGCUUCGAGCUGCCAGCUUUGGACCUCAACUUUGGCAGCAUCACCGAUGGCACAAACAUCCCGCCCCCGCCGAAAUCCCCCGUCGAGAAGCCAGCCGACAAGUCAUCGUCAGUGACCGCUGCGACAACCGCUCGGAAGCUGGAGGACCCAGAGACGGCGGCCGCACUCGAGGGCAAGCCCGCCGUGGAGCAACGAGGCGCAAAUGGUAACAAACUUGCCGGGACAAAGCGGCCAGCGGACGACAUCCCCCCCAGUCCGACCAUGUCCAGUACACGGUCGGGCGGUCUCCGCCGCCUCCUCAGUCGAACGUUGUUGAAUAACAGUUAUGCAGAGGGACAGCAGCAGCAACCCAGCGGAAACGGCACAGCGACGGCCACAGCCCCAUCGGUAGCGGCCCCCUCGAUCAACGGCGGCAGCAGGCCGCCCAGCCGGACCGGCGCCUCCUCGGUGCUGGACGAUGAUCGGAAAUCGAAGCGAAGCAGCGGGUGGUUCCGACGCCUGCGAGGUGGCGAUCUUAAGCGGUCCAGUCUCCUCUUCGAGCAGUCGACAGCGAAAACGACGACACACGCCCCCAGCGGGCCGCCGCCACCCAUGAUACCCGAGCUCAAAGAGUUGGAGAAGGACGACGGGAGCCUGGGGCAGGAUCUCUUCAAGAACAUCAAGUGAAGAUCUGUGGUAAUCUUUUGGAAAUUGGGGUACAUACGGUGUUAUUUCUUACGCUCCCUUUACAUACAUGCCUGUAUUCCCUCGACGUUUGGAUGAGCUUGACGACGUCCAGGGCGUUACACUCUCUUGUUAUAAACUUUUUUUUCUG